AUGGCGGCAAGGAAGGAGAUGGGAGAGGAGCAAAUAGGUAUCAAACCGGGAGAUAAAGGUCGUUCAUGGGCCGUGUCACUUGCAGCUGCGCUCAAGGAAGGGUUUCUGAGAGAACCACCUAGAUCUCCGCUCCCGGUGCGGCGCAGGGCCUGUCUCAUGGUCUCAACGUUUAGAUCACUGCUGAGCAUGGCGGACGGGCUAUGGGGACAAGGUGGCGGGCUGCGCGGCACGCGAGCUCCACGGCUGGGUGAGGAAUCAAGACAUCUUGGCUCGCCGGGCGAGACACUGGUGGGUGGCGAGCUUCCUGGUCCAUGGGAGGAGAUGGGCGAGCGCAUGGGCGAAGGCGACCUGUUGUUUCUGUUGUGUGUGCUGUGA